CCUAACGCAGUCUAUCGCAUUGACCUUCUGGAAGGGAAAUGAGGACGAACGUAUGCUCCAAUGAAUUUGGUCUCUAUUCGGGAGUUGGUGGGGUGCGGGAACACGUGAAUGUAUGAGAGGGAAGACGGCGAAGCAAAUCCUGAUUCUGCUGCUGAUCGUCUUCUUAUACGGGGCUUUCUUUGAUUCUCCGCCAUCGCCAUCACCGUCACCGUCACCGUCACCGUCGUCGAGCUCGGAUCGAAGAGGAGGGAAGGUUCAGUUGCGGGAGGUUAUGGAUACGUUCUUCAUAUCUCACGGGUCGCCGACGCUGUCCAUCGACGACUCGCUGCCGGCGAGGCACUUCCUCCAGUCCUGGCAGCACAAGGUGCUGCCCGAACUCCCCACUGCCAUCCUCGUCGUCUCCGCCCAUUGGGAGACAGCCGAGCCCACCGUCAACGUCAUCGGGGGCCGCCACCCCACCAUCUAUGACUUCUACGGCUUCCCCGACCCAAUGUACAAGAUCAAGUACCCAGCACCAGGAGCCCCGGAGCUGGCCAAGAGGGUGAAGGAGGUGCUGGUCGCGGGCGGUUUCAAGCGCGUCCUCGCGGACACUGAGCGGGGGCUCGACCACGGGGCGUGGGUGCCGCUCAUGCUGAUGUACCCGGAAGCGGAUAUCCCGGUCUGCCAGCUCUCUGUACAGCCGAAUCGGGAUGGGACGUAUCAUUAUAACCUGGGAAAGGCGUUGAGGCCUCUCAGGGAGGAAGGGGUGCUCAUCUUCGGAUCGGGAAGCGCCACUCACAACUUGCGGGAUCUCCGUUUCAAGUCUGAUGGUUCUGUUGUCCCUUGGGCUCUAGAAUUUGAUACUUGGCUCAAGGAUAGCCUUCUCGAAGGAAGAUAUGAUGACAUAAAUCACUAUGAGAAGGAAGCGCCGCAUGCCAAGAAGGCUCACCCAUGGCCUGAGCACUUCUAUCCACUGCAUGUAGCAAUUGGGGCUGCUGGUGAAGAUUCCAAGGCUGAACUUAUUCACCACAGCUGGAGCCUCGGUACCCUUUCUUAUGCCUCUUACCGGUUCACAUCCACUUCCAAUUCCGCUUCCAGCUGAUUCUUGUCAUGAAGGCAGGUUUCGUUGUUAAUAAAUGUGAAUGUUGGGGACAGUUGUUCUCUGUAAAAUAGUUUAUAGAAGUUACAGAUUAUCUAAUGCACAUCUAAGCAUUCGAUUAUCCUUUGUAGAGCUGCUGUUGUAUCCUACGCUUGUCAAGUGUUGAAUUUAAUAAAUACUGUCUUCAGCCUC